CUCAAAUCGACAUUUUGAAUUCGAAAAUUUCAAAUUUGGAAUACAAUUCGAUCGAAGAUAAUGUUGAGGGAAAGAAUGACAAUGAUCAUAGGUUUGAUGAGUGUAUCAGACACCACAAUUGGAUCAUAAGAUUUGUUGAAAGUCUAGAUGAUGUAUUCUCGUGGAGCAUUUUUAUUCUAUACGUGACUAGUGCUGUGGGUAUUUGUAAUGUUGGAUUCCAGUUGGUUCAUACCCCAUUUGAUGAUCCUAUACAGCUAGCAAAAAUGACGUUCUUCUUCGCCGCAAUGCUUUUUCAACUACUACUGUAUUGUUGGUAUGGUAACGAAAUAAUACUGAAGAGUGCAGCAAUUAGAGAUGCAUGUUACGAAUCAAAGUGGUAUGAUUCCGAUUUGAAAACUAGAAAAUCUUUGAUUUACAUUAUGGAACGU